CUUGUCAAAAAGUGUAAACAACAUUGGAAAAAGAUGUUUAAAAUUCCUACUGGAGCCCUAUUAAAACUGCAAACGCAAAGUAGUACUUUGCACACCUCGGCAAUAGUCCAGGAAAUCCAGAAAAUGACCAGACUUCGGGUUGUCGAUAAUAGUACUUUGGGAAAACAGGCCAUGGCCGAGGGCAAGCCCCCCAAGUGCAUUCACGUGUACAAUAAGACUGGAAUAGGGAAAAUUGGUGACAAAGUCCUGGUAGCAAUAAAAGGUGAAAAGAAAAAAGCGAUUCUAGUGGGCCUGAAACAAAACCAAAAAGCCAAAGUACCGAAAUUUGACAGCAACAACAUAGUACUGAUCGACGACAAUGGUACUCCUUUAGGUACCCGGAUACAUGUGCCUAUACCUACAAUAUUACGCACCAUUUUGAAGGAAAAAACACAAUCCAAAGGAGCCGAUUAUACCAAACUUUUAGGCAUAGCUUCUAGAUUUGUGUAGAGGGGAAUUAUUUAUUAAUAAAUUAUUGUAUUA